AUGAAGCACAUCCAGCGAGCAGCCGUGUGGGUUCUGGAUCACUAUUACACUGAUUUCCCAGUCUACAAUCCUGCUUUACUCAAUCUGCCCAAAUCCAUCCUGUCCAAGAAGAUGUCUGGAUUCAAGGUCUACUCUCUCGGAGAAGAGAACAGCACUAAUAACUCGACGGGUCAGUCUCGAGCCAUGAUCGCCGCCGCCGCCCGCAGACGGGACAACUCUCAUAAUGAAUAUUACUACGAGGAGGCUGAGAUGGACCGCAGGGUCCGCAAGCGCAAAGCCAGGCUGGUGGUGGCAGUGGAGGAGGCCUUCACACACAUUAAGAGGCUGCAGGACGAGGAGGCGGCGGCGUCCCCCAAACACCCACGUGAGGUCAUGGACCCCCGAGAGGCAGCGCAGGCCAUCUUCGCCCCGAUGGCUCGAGCCAUGCAGAAGUACCUGCGCACCACACGCCAGCAGCCCUACCACAGCAUGGAGAGCAUCAUCUCACACUUGCAGUUCUGCAUCACACACAAUAUGACGCCCAAGGCGUUUCUGGAGCGCUACCUGACUCCCGGUCCCACCAUGCAGUACCAGCGUGAGAACGGCAGGGGGCGCCAGUGGACUCUGGUGAGCGAGGAGCCGGUCACCGCAGCACUGCGUCAGGGCCUCGUCUUCUCGCUGCGCCGCCUCGACUUCGCUCUUGUCGUCACGGUGACGCCCCUCCCCUUCCUCAACCUGGGGGAGGAGUUUAUCGACCCCAAGAGCCACAAGUUCGUGAUGCGACUCCAGUCGGAAACCUCAGUUUGAGGAGCAGAGACUCUACAGCAGCAGCAGAGGGACAAACCACUCGCUCUUUACUUCUAGAUAUCACUCUUCCUUUGGUUUUAUUAUUAUUAUUAUUAUUACACUACAUGAACUACUCGCUGUCGGGGUCACCCCGGACUCACUAACUGCAAUGCAUUGUUUUUUAAUUUUGUGAAUAACAUGAUCAAGUACAGUUCCACAUAUCAGAGUGCUGCACAAACUGGACGAUUCACCAGCAGUUCUGCGUUUGCAUUAGACGCCCGAGCUGAAGGAGCGAUGGAAACACUAGGAGACUGUAGCUGAUCAACCCCACAGCGAUCAAGUGCUUUACUUUAUGAUGAUUGUCUGUUCAGAAAAGCACACCAGAAGCAUGUUUGUAACUCUUUCGAGCUCUAUAUCUGUUGUGAAUGUUUUCGAGACGUUGUAUGAUGAGCUGUGGUGACCAAUCAAGAAAUGAUUCUGCAUCCAUUUUGAGAUUUUUCCAAACGCGUUGCGAUUGUUUUUAUCUUCAGUUGAUUCUGAGCUCAGUUUUUAUCAACAGAUGGCAACAGAAGGCUGUUUAGAUUAAUCUCAGUCAAGUACAGAUACAUUUCAAGUACGUUUGACCACUUGCAGCACAAGUGCUUUUAUUUCUGUUAAGUGAAUGGUUAAAAACUAGCCUAGAGCGCCGUUAGCUGUUAAAAACUAGCCUAGAGCAUCAAAUCUAGUCUAGAGCAGUUAAACCCUAGCCUAGUGCAUAUCUGCUUUUAAAAACCAGACUUGAGCUACGUCAGUGGUUAAAAAUAUAACUAGCCUAGAGUGUAUCUGCUGUUAAAAACUAGCCUAGAGUGAUGUCUACGCUUAACUAGCCUGGAGCAUCAUCUACGGUUAAAACUAGCUCAGUGCGCCAUCCUUCUGUUAAAACUAGCCUGGAGUGCUAUCAUGGUUUAAACUAGCCUAGAGUGUCAUCUUCAAUUAAAACUAGCCUAGAAUGCCAUAUUCCGUUAAAACUAGCCUAGAGCUACAUCUGCGCCUAAAGCUAGCCUAUAACGUCAUCUUAGGUUAAAACUAGCCUAGAGUAUCAUCUUCGGUUAAUACUUGCCUAGAGCGUCAUCUUUGAUUAAAACUAGGCUGCAGCGCUCUAUGCUGUUUAAAAACUAGCAUAGAGCGAUGUCUGUGGUUAAAACUAGCCUGGAGUGUUAUCUGCGGUUAAAACUAGCCUAGAGCAUCAUCUACGUUUAAAACUAGCUUGAAGUGCCAUCCUGCUGUUAAAACCAGCCUGGAGUGCUAUUGCGGUUUAAACCAGCCUAGAACAUCAUCUUUGGUUAAAACUAGCCUAGAACGUCAUCUUUAGUUAAAACUAGCCUAGAACGACAUCUUUGGUUAAAACUAGUGGAGCGAUCUAUGCUGUUUAAAAACUAUCCUAGUGCGCCGUCUGCAGUUAAAACUAGCCUAGAACGUCAUCUUCGGUUAAAACUAGUCUAGAGCAUCAUCUACGGUUAAAACUAGCCUAGAGCGUCAUCUACGGUUAAAAAUAACCUAGAGCGUCAUCUUUGGUUAAAACUAGCCUAGAACAUCAUCUUUGGUUAAAACUAGCCUAGAGCAUCAUCUUUGGUUAGAACUAGCUUAAAACAUCAUCUUUGGUAAAAAUAGGGUGGAGCGCUCUAUGCUGUUUAAAAACUAGCCUAGAGCACGGUCUGCGGUUAAAACUAGCCUAGAGUGUCAUCUUCGGUUAAAACCACUCUAGAAUGUCAUCUUUGGUUAAAACCAGCCUAGAGCGACAUCUGCGGUUAACUAGCCUAGAACAUCAUCUUCAGUUAAAACUAGCCUAUAACGUUAUCUUUGGUUAAAACUAGGCAGGAGGGCUCCAUGUUGUUUAUAAACUAGCCUAGAGCGCCGUCUGCAGUUAAAAUUAGCCUAUAGCGCCUUCUGCUGUUAAAAAUAGCCUAGAGCGACGUCUGUGGUUUAAACUAGCCUCGAGCACCAUCUGUUGUUGUUAAACUAAGCUCAGAAGGAUUUCCGAGAAAGUCGCGAUGCACACGGAUAAUCUCAGAAGUGAUCCAGGAAUUGAUGCUCAUCAGUUGUAUCCUCACAGCUGUAGUUGUUCGUAUGUUUGCAGUACUUUUAUACUUUAUUACGAUCAUGACUCGAGGGGCCUUCUAUAUCAUCUGUGUUCUGUACACCAGCAAACUCACUGUCUGUAAAGCAUCUUUUUUAAAAACGUUUUAUCUUCGAAACACUGUCUGUCACACACACACACACACACGACCGAUCAAAUGUGAGCUUUUAUAUGAAAUGCAAAAACAUGAAUGUGUGCCAAAUGUUGAAUCUGUGCCUGGCGGCCGGCGCUCCUGUCGGUCCAAUCUCUAUCGGCCUCGGACAACCAAUGAACUUCACUCGUCUACCUUUUGGCUCAUUGUAGACUCCACAUCCCCUCCACAUUUGUACAUAAGUCAUUCUCUUUUUAUACGCGCGAGAACGUCAGCGAAACAGGAUGACGGGAUGAUGUAGGUGGUUGUUAUUUCCAGAACUGAGCAUUUCCUUUUUUUUAGGUGUCAUGCAUGUGGGCGAUGCAGUUUUGUACCCUUUUUGUUUUGUUUUUUUACUUUAUAUCAUUUUGUAUGAGAGUUAAGCUAAUCUUUUAACAUUUUCCCUUUAAAAAAAACGGUUUGUUGUAAAGAGAUUUGUAGAUGUUUUUUGUUAUUGUGUGAAAAACCUUUUGCAAUUGAUAAUUUUAGAACUAAACAUGUUUCAGCCUUCUGUUUUUUUAAAUAAAUGAUCUACUCUAA